UUUUCAAUAUAUGUCAAAGUAACAGUUUUACUAUUAUAUAUGUAACAGUUGUGGUUAGUUUCAUGAUCUUAUAUAUGUAACAGUUGUGGUUAGAUUCAUUAUAAUAGGUACCAGUUUUAAUUUGUUUUAAUAUAUAAUAGGUACCAGUAAAAUGAAGCUUUAUAUAAUAUUCUGUCUCUUCGGGCUUUCACUCAGUCAAGGAUGUGUGGAACAGCUUCAACAGAGCGUGGAGGAGAACAUUGACUUCCCGGGGUCAGAUGUUCUCCAGAUCCUGUCUCCUGAUGUGAACCACUGCCAGUUAGCCUGUACACAGCACGCCCUGUGUCAGUUCUUCACCUUUGUCCGGCCAACCUGGACUGCAGAUAAGAGGCAGUACUUCUGCUACCUAAAAAACACACCAUCUGGGGAGCCAGACAUAAAGAAGCCACUCAAUCAUGUGACUUCUGGCUUCUCUCUCAAAGGCUGUGUAACCAAACCUAGUUUCUGUCUGUCCAAGGUAUUUACAGAUGUGGACUUCUUUGGGGAAGACUAUCGCUCCCUGUUCACGCCAGACCCUGUAGAAUGUCAGCGAGCCUGCACCAAUGACCUCGGUUGUCAGUUCUUUACCUUUCUCACUGAAACCUUCCCCAAUGAAUCCAUCAGAUUUAAAUGUCAUCUGAAGUACAAGAAAGUACCAUUGCCACCAGUGAUUAAGGCACAGGAGGGGGUCAUAUCUGGCUUCUCCCAAAAACUGCUGCCAGCCAGGGGGGGAGAUACCACAGGGUGUCAGACUAAGAUCUUCCCCAGCACCAAUAUUGUGGGAGGUGACAUAGAGCAGUCACCUGCAGUAUCAGCUGAGCAUUGCCUCUUCCUGUGCUCCACCCACCCUACCUGCACUUACUUCUCCUACACUACCGCCAAGUACAAGACUUCAAAUCCAAACGAACAGAUGCGUUGCUUCCUCAAAAAAAACUCAGAAGAGAUGAGGACUGUGGCAGCAGAAGAGGUGCAUUCUGGGAUGCCGGCGCGCUUCUGCCAGACCUCAGAUGCCUGGGUGAAAGCUGAGUAUCAAGGGCUGGAUUUUGUGGGAGAGGACAGCCGUCAUUUCUUUCUGGCCAGCUCAAAGGCCUGCCAGCAGAGUUGUACCGAGGACCCCUACUGCCAGUACUACACCUAUGCCACAGACACAUUUCACCUUGAACUCUACAGGAGUAACUGUUUCCUGAAGCAGAGCAUCAACAUUCCUCUUCCCCCAAAAAUGGUGACAACGCCAAAUUUGGUGUCUGGAUUCUCCCUGAAGAACUGUUAAUUAAGGCUACACGCAUGCGCGCAUACACACACACACACACACACACACACACACACAUACACACACAGAG